AAAAAUCCGUGCAAUUCGGUUGCAUUUGAAUUGAUUUUCGCACAAGAUUAGUUCACAUGUAGCUGUUUAAUACAAAUUCCAUAUCCAAAAUGGCUUCCCAAUCGUUAAGUGUGGGACAAAAGAUGCUAGUGGAGAUAACCACGGACGGCGUACCGAAGCUUCACUGUCCCGUCUGCAACAAGGCGCUCAUUUCGCUCGCCGGCUACGUCAAGCAUGUCAAGAAACACGAACCGCCGGGCGGCUUCCAGUGCCGCUACUGCGACAUCCACUAUUGCCACGAGGAGGAGCUGAAGGAGCAUGUGAAGAGCUCGCACAGCGCCUACAUCUGCCGACUGUGCGUGGGCGGCAAUGUUAUAUUCAGCAGCGAGGCGGAGCACGAUGCGCACAUCGAGGAGGCGCAUCAGGAUCGCAAGUUCAAUGUGUGCCUCGAUGCCAUCGAGAAGCCGUUCAAGUGUGAGAUUUGCGGCAAAUGCUUUGCGGAUCGUGAGAGCAGCCUGAAACAUCAUUCCGAGCACACCAACGCGUUGCCCGUGGAGUGUAAAUGCUGCGCCAUGCGCUUCUCCUGCCCCUCCACCUUGGCCAAGCACCAACGCAAGCAUCCCGACAGCUGCGGUCGUCAGUUGCCGCGCACAAAUCGCCAUCGCUUGCCCGCUGCAGCAGAGACAGUAUCCGCCGAGCUCGCCCAGCAGCAAGUGGUCAAGCGUAAACGCGGCAGGCCUAAGAAAUGUCCGCCGGUUGCGCCGCCCUCGGAGGAUAGUGAGGAUGAUGUGCCGCUGGCCAGCAGGCUGAAAGUGCAGGCGCCCGUCAAGCUGAAACAGGAGUUCAUUAGCAGCCAGGAGCUGAGUGAUUCAGACGAGGAAUAUCCUGACUUUGAGCCCAACAAUAGCGAUGAGGAGCCUGAUGCGGUGCAGUUUAAGCUGCCAACUCCGGCGCUGGUCAAAGAGGAGGCCAUAGAUCCGGACUUUGAGUACCAGGAUGCGAGUGCCUUUGUCAAGAUGGAGGGCAACGGCCUGGACAUAUAUAGCAAUGAGAAAGACAAACUGCUCGAUGUGCUGCUCAGCACGGACGAGAGCCUGAAGCCCUUUGAGAAUCUCAAAGUGGAGCAUGCAACGGGCAUACUGGAUGAGAUUGCUGCAGUGCCCAUGGCCAAGCACAAUGGUGCCGAGCACAUGGAGGAGGAUGUGCUGGCGCUGCGCGAAACCGAGCCAGACAGCGCCGAGGAAGAUGAGGAUGCGGAUCAGCUGCGUCCGCUGACCAAAUCCAGUGUUAAGCGAAAAUAUCGCAAACGCAAUGCCACAGCCUCGCCCAUGCCGGAGGAGACAACGGCGUCAACAGGACCACGACGCGUGGCCAAAAUAACCAAAAAGGAGCUGAAGGAGCGUCUGAAAAUGUUGAGCAAAAUGGAAAGAACCUGGCAGUGUCCGCACUGUGUUAAAAUCUAUCACAUACGCAAGCCAUACGAGAAGCAUCUGCGCGACGAUCACAAGCUCAACGAGCAGGCCAUCAAGGAGCUGUUCAAGGAUGCGGAUGCGCAUGCCAAGCUGGACGAGGAGGUCUUCAAGUGCAAAAUAUGCAGCAAAAUCUAUUUGGUGGAGAAGCGCCUGGAGACCCACAUGAAGGUGCACGGCCAGGAUGGCAGUCUCACCCACAAGUGCCCCUGCUACUGCAAUCUGUUCUUCGCCAGCAAGGAACUGGCCACCCAGCACGCGCACCAGCAGCACAAGGAGCUGCUCUACUGUGAGAAAUGCGACAAGUAUAUGACUGGGCAUGAUAGCCUCAAGAAUCACGAGAAGAACUAUCAUGCCCGCAAGGAGCCACGUAAUCUGCCGCGCAAUCUGAUCUGCGAUAAGUGUGGCAAGAAGUUCACCGGACGCACCUCGCUCUCGGAUCAUGUGCGCUCCGAGUGCGGCCGUGUGCCGCUCUAUGAGUGCAGCGUCUGCUGCAAGCGGCUUUCCACGGCGGGCAUAUUGAAGACGCACAUGCUGCUCCAUCAGUCUGAGACGCCCUACCAGUGCGACAAGUGCGGCAAGACCUUCAAGGUGAAGGCGCAGUACAAGUCGCAUCUGAAGACGCGCCACACGGACUACAAGCCUUACAAGUGCCAUCUCUGUCCCAAGGAGUAUCCGUACCGUGAGAGUCUGUUGACGCACAUGACCGUGCACACGGGCAUCAAACGUUUCCUUUGCAAUAAUUGCGGCAAGCGCUUCACUUGCAUCUCAAAUCUGCAGGCACAUCGCAAGGUGCAUGCGGACACCUGCGGCCAGUUGCCCCUAAAUGCGAAGGCGACGCAAUAUAUGGGCGUGCAGCGAGGCAAGCUGCUGAUGGGCGCCAAGCCGGAGGCGGGCAUGGAGUACGAGGAGACAAAAACGCUGAUUGCCCAAGAUGUGAUCGAUCGGGAUAUGCCCAUGGCGCAGGAGCUCAACUUUCCUUCCGAUGGCAGCGCGCCACUGGCCACAGUGCCGCUCAACUAUGCCUCCUCGCAUCUGGUUCCACAUAUUGUGCUGCAGACCAUGCAGGCGGAGGCACGAGCACAGGAUUAGUUUAGGUUCUAGCGGUAACACUUUAAACGAAUAAAGACGCUUUUGUAUAUUGACUAAA